AUGUCGUCGCCCCACAAAGCCGGACCGGCCGAGGAAAUCGCGCCCACUACUAGCAAAUCCCCCUCCACUAGUCCGGGUGCUAGAAAAUCAACUUCACCAGCGAAAUCGAAAUCAUCCUCGCCACAGGCGACGUCGCCGGGCGGCCUUUUAUCAGGCGAGCUACUUCCCAGCGCCGAAAUCCCCGGACCGCUCCACACCAUUGAAAUUGACAAUGAUGAAGUAGAAUCUACAUAUAAUGAAGGAGCGACACGGAAUCUCUGCGGUCAUCAAUCAUGCGCUACAAGUGGGAGCACGGACGGCGGUACCAUGCAUUCAAAGAUGGGGAGUAUUGGCACGUCUUCCUCCAUCUUCUCUGCGUCCAGUAGCUGGCCAUCAGUCCACGGCGGCUCGGCGGCUAACUGGGUCAUAUUCAGGGCUCCUAAUGAUGACAUACAACAGGAUGCCGAGGCUCUUCAGCACGAGAUGUACCGCCGCGUCUUGGGCGGCAAGCUCUUCAUGUCUCCCAUUCCUGACGAUGCACAGGCCGUUCUGGACCUAGGCUGCGGAGCCGACGUCGCCGACGAAUUACCAUCCGCAGAAGUCACGGGCAUCGAUCUUUCGCCAAUCCAACCGGCAUUUGUGCCGCCCAACUGCCGCUUCGAGAUCGAUGAUAUGAACCAGGAGUGGACAUUUCCAGAAAACAAGUUUGAUCUAAUCUUCAUGCGCAGCGCACCUGGUUGUGUGCCAGACUUUGUUGAGUUUGCUAAGAAAGUCAAGCGACACCUUAAACCGGGCGGCUGGUUUGAGCAUGCGCAAGCCUCUGGGCUCGUGGAGUCUGAUGACGGCACCGUAAAGCCCGACUCGGCCGCACGUCAGUGGUACUCCAUUUUUGCUACACUAGGCGAAAAGACAGGCAAAUCGUUCAUGACAAGCGAGGAAGCGCCGGCGGCCAUCCGCGAGGCAGGCUUCGACAACAUCGAAGAGCACAAUGUCAAGCUUCCUAUUGGCACGUGGCCGCGCGAUCCAGUGCUCAAGCAGUGGGGUGCCUGGAACCGAAUGUUUCUACUGCAAGCCAUUGAAGGAUUCUCUAUCCGCGGACUGACUACUAUGCUAGAUUAUUCCUUCGAGGAGGCGCAGUUAUACCUUGUUCAGCUGCGCAAGGAGCUAACUGAUCCUCGUAUUCACGCAUAUAUUUAUUUCCGUGUUGUUUACGCGCAGAAAUCUUUGAAUGAUGAGAAUUAA